UUAAGUAUGUUCAUCACCAUGCCAAACUUGUUAAUAGCUUUGUUAUUGAUGAAAUACCUAUGGCUUCUAUCACUCCCACUGAGAAUAAUUGAUCUAGUAGUUUGGUUUUUUCUUCAUGCUGGUUUAAUUGCUAAGAAUAAGUUUGAUUGGGUCUCUACUGGUAUGCAAGUAAGUUAAGUAUGUCUCCCCAUUGUUGAAGUAGUUGGAUAUUUAGCUAUUAAUACUGAAACAAAUAAAAAUUACUAAUAUGAUUAGGAUUGUAAAAUUAGAAGUAUACUUACUCACCGACUCUCUUGCUAACCUCUCCUUUUGUGUCCGGAGGUGAAAAGGCGAUACAGAGCUUUGCUUUUAAAAAAAGCGACAGUGCAGAUUCACAUUUUUCUGUUUCGAAGUCAAAAAAAUGAGUGGAAAGAGUUAGCAAACAAAUAAUUUUGUUAUUUUUUUUGUUUGCUCUUCAUUUUCCCUCUUUCUUCACCUUAUUAUUUCUUUAUCUUGCUAAAUGUCUUGGGGUUUUUAGUAUUUAAAAUUUAAAAUUAAGAGCUGAGAUGAAUUCCUUCAUAUUAAUAAGAAAUUAUAUUUAUUUACCUUCUCAUAUAAGAUUCACUCAACCUUCUUCCGGACUCUGUGUAAUUGUGCCUAAUUAUUUAAGUUUGUUACAUAUUUUUGUAUUGUACAUAUAUCAUUGAUUAAACAUGUUCUAGACCCGGUGAAACUGAAAGGCAACAAGCAACAAUACAUUUUCAAAAAAUAAAAAUAAUAAAACCUAAUAAUUGAGGCAAAAACAACUGAAAUUGAAUUUCCUAAUAUGAUACGGAAACAACUCAUAUCCAACCCCUUGUUGAGCCUCAUAAAUCAUAUAAUGAACUAGAAGCAACUAGCGCAAUAAAAAUUAACGAGAUUGAUAUAUUCAAAUUAGAGAGAUGCGGACCAAAAUUUAAACUUUUAAAUCCAUACUGUCUUUGUAUUUUUUCUAUACUUUAUUAGUAGGGCCGAAGCAUUAAAAAUUUUAGCCGGUUGUCAGUCGAUCGGUACAUGUUGAAAGGGAUGGAUCGUAAUUAAAACAUAUUUAAAAAAAUAUAUAGUUUAAACAUCUCUCUUGAACAAUCUUAUAGUUUACUACUCCCUCUAUCCCUCUCAUUUCUUUACAGUUUUUUUACACUGCUCGGCACGCAUUUGAAGAAAACAUAGUUCAAUAGUUCAAUAACUUAUUAUAAUUUUUUUUUCUUUUUUGUAUAAAAAUAUGAACACUAAACUUUUAUUCAAAAGAAAAAAAUAUUCAAAAUAAGUUAUCAAACUACAUUUUAUGAGAGCAUUAGAAUGCGUGCAGAGCCCCCGUCCCCCAAUUUAAACAAAUGAGGGGGACGGAGGGAGUAUAAUUUAACGGGCUUAAUAUUUAAAAAUUUUAAUGGGUUUAAUUUAAACAUAUUUGUCGAAACACAUUAAUAAGCCUACAUAUUUAGAUCUAUUAUAAGAGGUUAAUUAGGAAAAAAAUAUGUAAAUUAAAAGACACGUUUUGUUCUAAUAUAAACACUUAUAAAACUAAUCAAAUAUUAAAAUUUGUACUAUCUUAUCAAAACUGAAUUAUUUAAAAUUAAAAUAUAUUAAAAAUUACCCGUGCAUCAAUAUAAACUACUAUAUUAUUAAUCUUAGGAGAAAUCAUCUAUACCUGGACUAAUAUUAAAAAAGGUCUUAUAAAAUAAAUAUGAGAUUGGAAAAUUUAAAGCAUUUUGUUCAUAUCAUGUAUUUUAUCUCAUAAAAUGAAUAUGGAACGAUAUAGGCUACCUGCUGACCCAGCUUUACUAGGUUGUUUCUGUUACACAAAAAAAUAUAUACAAGUGCUUGUUCUUUUUCAUUUUCUUUUCUUUGUUCAACGAAUAUCAACUAAAGAGCUACAAUUGAAUAGAGAUCGACUUGCUACCACACAAUGAUAGAGACAGAUCUAUUUAUUGUGAACAGGAACCAUGUGUGUUCUUAUGGGUUGGCAUUUCUGGUGAUUUAAGUCACAACACCAAACGUGUCGGGUCGUGUUUGUUUCAAGAUCUAGUACGAAUGUUCUACAUCGUGACACGUGAUACAUGGGUGUGUCCCAUGUUCUUUAUUUCCUUUCUUUGAAGGAUUUCGUAUAUAAUUAAGAUAAUGAUGAAAAAAGGUAUGUUUUUUUGUGUGCGCAAAAAAAGGGUAUUCUUUUUUGAUCCAAAUAUUAUAUGAUUAAAUUCUUUGUGUAUUAGUCAACAACUUUGAAAAAUGCUAUAUGCAAAGUUUUGCUCACCAUAAUCUUGAUGUGAAAAUUAUAUGUGGCCAAGGAUAUGAUGGUAUUAACAAUUGUCUUGCAAAUGGGCUUUAAAAUUAGUGGCAACAUUCAAAGUUGUGUCGUAUGAAUUUUUCGAAAAAGUGAGUCCCAUAAUCAAUUUUUCUAGCUCAUAAUGCUAAGGAAGCGACAUUUGUAAAAUACUCAAACGAGUCAAAAAGUUUAAUUCCUAUUGAUGAAAUUGAAACCACAAGAGAUUAGACCAAAUUGGAUUUUUACAAAGGCAGCCAAUACCCGAUGAAGCUCAACUUGAGCUAUAUGCGAAGCUUGAUGAAGAUAAACAAUGAAACUCUUAUUAUUUUAACAGUGUCAUCAAUGGUCAGAGUCAUUAAAAUUCACAUGUCGAGGCUAGCAAAUAAUUUGUACAUUGAAAUCUUAACUCUUCGUAUUUAUUUUACAUCUUAUUAAAAUGGUCAUGGUGAUAAUGAUCCUUGCCAAUCAUUAAAAGGGUAUAUUACUCAUGAUGUAAACAUAUAUUAUUGACUCAUGUGAUGUCUUGUGCUGGCAUAUAGAUGUUUUCACUAUUGUGAAAUUUUAUGAUCAUAAGCAUAAUUAAAUGAUUAGACUAUUUCGCCAACCCAUGUUUUAAUUGCGAGGUCCGUCCGUGACGAUUAUCAAGCAUGUGUGUAUUACUUAAGCCAUUGGUAUGCGCAACUGAGUUUUAUAUAGUCGUCAAGGAUCAAAUGACUUGUGUAAAGUCCUUUAUAUAUGAAUACAUUUAAUUUGAUAAUGUUGGCUAUGGCAUGUUAUGUGAUUGUUAAAUAGUGUGUCUUUGGUUGAACGAGAAAAACAAGUUUUCACUAAGAAUAUUAGUUAGAAUUAAGACCAUGUAUUUGCUCGUGCUACCAAUAUGAGGCUAUCGUUUUGGUUCUUCACAUUUUAUUUUAUGGCUUGGUUGGAUUUUGUUUGAAUGACAUGGUGAUUAAUGCGAAAUGUAAAUCGGAAUUCCAGUUUAUCCUCGUAAUUUGCUCUGAUACGAUGUUGAUAGCUUGAUGUUAGUGUUGAUGAGUGAAUAUUGGGAAAUGUGCUAUAUAUGAAUAUGUAUUUGCCUACAAAAUUAUUAUGAAAAUUAGUAUGAAAGCAGCACAUUGUCUCUUAUUGCCUGUGAGUGAUAUAAUGCAAUGAUAAUGUCAUGUAUAUAGUUUUGAUGUCUUGCACUAGUUGGCUUCUUAACAAUAUCUAUAACAAAUAAAUUAAUGGUAAUAAUAUAAAUAUAUUUGUAACAUUGGAUGUUAUUCAUAUUCUUUUGAUUAAAAGAACAAAAUGUUCAUCAUACAAGAAACUAUAAGAUAAUUGUAUCAACACUAAUUGUGUGACUUAAAUCAAGAUUAUAAAAUAGAAACAGAAAUAUGGUUGCCAUUAUUUAUUUUAAUAAUUUUUAAACUAAAAACCAAUUUAUAAAUAUCCGUAGUAUCUUUGAGAAGCAUAUAAAGCUUAUACCUAGAAAGCAGGGAUUCUUCACUCACCGCCGCACCCGCACCCGCACCCAUGCUUCGAAGCUUUAACAUAUAUGCUCAAACCCUAAAACAAGCUAAACUAUUUUACGAUCCGUUUUAUACACCACAGUAGGAAUCUCAUAUCUUGACGAGGGAGAGAAGAAGAUCUACAACUUUUCAAUCGCUUCAAACAAAUCGAGUAAAUGGAUCGUAAGAAGAAAGUUAAAAGGAAAAGAGAAGAUAAAGAUGGAGACAUAAUCAGCCGGCUACCAGAUGAACUGAUUCAUAAAAUUCUUUCAUUUACGGAUGCUAGACAAGCUGUUCAGACCAGUGUUCUCUCAAGGAGAUGGAAGCUUGUAUGGACCACUCUCCCAGUUCUGAAUUUUGGAUCGUACAGCCAAACCGUCCCCUGUAGCGUCACUGCUGAAAAGGAGUUUAUUGGGCAUGUUUUGUCAAACCGGAAUCAUCAGUCCCAAAUAAAGGAAAUGAACUUGUAUGUUGUGUAUCCGAAUUCUCUGGCUAUAAGGGAAUGGUUUCGCGAUUAUGCUAUUUCCCAUAAUGUUCAUAGCCUACAAAUUGAUUCAUGUUUUUAUCAUCUUGAUCCGCUAAAAUUAUCCUCCUACAGCUCUCGAUCCUUAGAGAAACUAAAGUUGGCAAUGAGUUUUGAAUUCGUUAACCCUUUAGAACCAGAUAUGUGGUCUCUACCUGCUUUGAAAACCUUAGAUUUGACAAGCCUAACUUAUGUGUAUAACUCGAAAUUACCUAUAUCAUAUCUGAUUUGCUUGUCUUCCUUACAAAAUCUCAGCCUUGAUGGCUUUGAUUUGCCAGAAUCUUUCACUCUGAUUUCUUUAACAACUCUCAGAGUGUCAAGAUGCAAUUUACCCCAAGCCAUUUGGAAGUUGCCAGCAUUAUUGAAUCUUGAACUUCGUGAUAUAGUGUAUCCUGCUAACAUGACUGAGUUCUUCUCUGCGCUUGGCAGGUUGCAAAAUCUUACACUAUUAUUCCGGCACCUACCUAUUAAAGACUGUUUAAUUAAUUGCCCUCAUCAAUUGGUGAGUCUGAUAAUUAUCAAUGCUACUACUCGUACUUGUGGUAGCAUUAUGGUUUUCUGCCCAAAAAUUCAGAAUUUCAGUUCUGUUGGGAUUUUUACAAUCACGUUUGGAGCCUCUAUGUUGGAGAAUGUUUAUGUAAAAUUACGGGAGGGCAUUAGACGUAAGGUUGUUGCAACAUCAACAAAGUGGAAACAAUAUUAUCGUCGGUUUCUUUUUAUGCUUCCUGGAUUUGGUAGUGCCAAGAUUCUUAGCCUUGAUUUGGAGACGAUUAAGGCACUUUCUGCAAUUUCCGACAUUGUUGCACGAUUUGGAUCUCCGUUCUUUAAUUUGAAGUAUUUGAAGCUACCACGGGGAUGCAAGGAAUCAAGUAUAUGCGGUUCUAUCAAAAGCUAUUUACUUGAUGGCUCUCCUAAGGCCACCUUUGUCACAACACCACCUCAGGUAACUGAAUUGGACCCCAGUGCUGCAGUUGGAGGGGAAGGUGAUGAUCAAGUGAGAUCUUCUCGUGAAGAUGGUGAUAUUGGGUUGUGGCACGGCCAUCAAGUUAACCCAGAGUUUAGAUGCCUACUUGAUUUUAUUAUGAAGAAGUAUCCUGAAACAUUUGAGCAUUUCACCACCAGCACUGAAAGCAAGAUGUUUUGUCUGAUGAAGCUCAAUAUGUUGUGGUCCUCAGUAUAUUCUUUUCUCAGAACCUCAAUGGCUGAGGUCAAUGAUAAGAUGAUGACCGAGUACAAAGCACAAUUCGCUGACUUGCAAAAGCUAGGAUUUAAUGUGAAUUGGCUUCUGAGUCAUCUGAAUUAUAUUAAUCGCUUGUUUACGAAGUCCCUGCUGCAUGAGCUUGAUGAGGUUGACUCUCGUGUGAAAAAGAUGGUACCGAGGCCGACAGCCUCUGGAACAGUGGGUCGUGGACAUACUGUUGGGAAGAUCGGAGACUAUCUGUUUCAGUAAAUUUCAUGCAGUUUUAAGAUAUCAUGCUUGUUACGAAACUAAUUUAUUUUGGUGAUUGUUUUCAUUGCGACUAGUUGUGUUCCUGGUAUUAUUGGAUUCUUUUGUGAUUUUAUAUCAAUUUCAUUGAGACUAUUUACUAGACA